GAGCAGGCUGGGGGUGGGAUGGGGAGAGGCACAUCCGACGGCGCGCGCGCGGGGUCGGAAGCAGUUUGGUAUUUGAGAGGUCCUGUUCUUGGAAGAUUCUCCAAUCAGUAUGUCAUCCAACACAGAUGUUUCUCUUUCUUCAUACGAUGAAGGUCAGGGAUCUAAAUUUAUCCGAAAAGCUAAAGAGGCGCCAUUUGUCCCUGUUGGAAUGGCGGGGUUUGCAGCGAUUGUCGCCUACGGAUUGUAUAAACUGAAGAGCAGGGGGGACACGAAAAUGUCCGUCCACCUGAUCCACAUGCGCGUGGCAGCCCAAGGCUUCGUCGUGGGGGCCAUGACUCUCGGUAUGGCCUAUUCCCUGUACAAGGAAUUCUGGGCGAAACCGAAACCCUAGAAGGAGAGCUGCGGUCUCGGUGGUGGUGGUGGUGGUGGUCGCCGUGGUUAGAGAUCUCACAUUGAGGUUCUGUAUUUAUGUUGGAAAUAAAUGGUUUGACUGGGUCAGACAGUAGUAACAUGGUAAUUUGAAUACUGGCUUCCUUUCUCGCAGGGCUGGUUUGCCGGGUGCCUAGAUCAUUAGUGACUAGUUCCCGAACUGGGUCGUUCAGAGGAGUCAGAUCAGCACGUGAGAAACGUGCCACUUUCGAACGCACCCAGUAGUAGUCAAGUGUCCACCUUGUUCAUCUCUUUUCGUGAAAUUAGUUCUAACGCAGAACAUCCUGCCAACCCUGAGGUACUCCCAGUUGCUGCGAAUGUCACCCGCUUUCGAUGUUACGUGGGAACCGUCCUUGCCCCAGUUUUCCUUUCUGCCUGCCUUGUGGGCUGGGAAAGUACUUCUGUCUGUUCGUAGGGCGGGCUGGCUCUUCUCCCGUUCGGAGCGGCGCAUAGCACAUAACGUUACUAACCUCCCCACGACUGAAUGUCUGUGUGUGUGUGUGUUUGUGUGUGUGUGUAAACCAAACCUAAAAUGCUGAUAACAGCUGCUAGAGGGUAAUAUUUAUUUUAGUUACACUUGUGAACGUAAGAUAAUUCUGGAUCUAAUGUAGCUACUUUGUAAUCGCAGGAUUAUAUUUUCGCUGCUGUUACAUGACAAUAAUUUUUAAAUGCCACCUUGAAGUAGAAGUAGGUAUUUUAAGUGCUAAUACGAAGAUAAUAAAAAACAAUUUUUAAA